AUGCUACUAAGACCGUCUAUGAAAACGCUUAAAUACUUAACAUUGCUAAUUGCCGUACUUCAAAUUCAAAUUCAGCCAAAUUGCGCCAAAACAAUCAACGAAAUCAAGCGUCAGCUUAACAGACGUGACAUCAAAGCCAGCCACAGUCAUGCUUCGAAAAAUCACAACAACAAUAACAAAACGAACAACAACAAUAGCAAUAGUCAUAGCAACAACAUUGGAUACUAUCAACAUUUUAUCCAAUCACACAAGGGAGACGAACAGAGUUCUCAGCUGUGGCAUGUUAACCAGUGGCCUGUUACCGCUACCAAAGCUCAGCCAAGUUCCCAACCAUUGAAACAAAAACAACAACAACAGCAGCGUGGAAUUUCAACAACGUUAACAGUUCACCAUGGCCGUAACAGCAGAGGUGGUGGUGGUGUGUUGAAAUUCAAACACCAUGGGAGAGGUUCCCGCAAACGCCGUAGUGUCUUUCACGUACGCUGGAAUCCCAAUGAACGUUUCAUAGUCGAAUCGAAUGAAAAUCCAGCCAUAAAUUCUUCCAAAUUGGCCCCACAUCCGCGCUUAAAAGUAUCGAAGACAACAAAACUCAGUUUGAAUGCCAAACAUUAUCUCUGCCACGAUAAACUAUCACCUGUCUGUGCGAAUAAGACACAAGCCUUCAAGGAACGCAUCUUGAAAAUAUUUGAAAAAUCUCUAAUGGAAUCGGUGAAUGAAUCGAAUUUUUAUAAUGUCGAUUUUAAACCGGUAUUUGGUGAUAGUUUUGAGGAACAAUAUUAUCCUUCGACGUGUUUGGUAAUGGAAGCGGGCGUGAGGGUGUUGAAACGUAAAGAUCCGCCAUUUAAUAAACUGCAAUUUGGAAAGCUGUUUCCGAAGCAGAAGUUGUUUCGCCAGAAGAAAAAUAUAAAGACCUGUGCAAUUGUGUCAAGUGCUGGAUCUAUGGCUGGUUCGAAGCUUGGGAGAUUUAUUGAUAGUCAUGACAUCGUAAUGAGAUUUAAUCACGCUCCGACGCGGGGUUUCGAAGUCGAUGUGGGCAGUAAAACGACAAUACGUGUGGUGAAUUCGCAAGUUGUCACAAAGCCUGAAUUCGAUUUUGCCCAUGCACCCAUAUUUCAAAAUGUCACCAUUGCCGCCUGGGAUCCCGGCAAAUAUAAUGGCACCUUGGAAGAUUGGCUGACCACAUCGGAUUAUGAUUUAUUUACGAAUUAUGAAAUCUAUAGGCGUCGUUAUCCGAAAUCACGUGCCUUUCUAAUUGAUCCGCAUUCAAUAUGGCGUCUAUGGCAGAGUUUGCAAAUGUUUGCCGGCAAUAGACCGCUAAGGAAAAAUCCACCCAGUUCGGGAUUUAUAGGUUUGGCCCUUCUACUACCUCAUUGUCCAGUAGUGGAUUUUAUCGAAUAUAUGCCAUCGACACGUCUAAAUGGCCGCUGUCAUUACUACAGCAAGGAGAUUAACUCGGCCUGUACAUUUGGCUCUUGGCAUCCCCUCGCUGCCGAGAAAUUAAUGGCCUUGGAUAUGAAUGUGGCCGAUGAUAUGUCCGUCUUUCAGUUUGGUAUCCUACGAAUGCGCCGACCAGAUAAACUGUUAUGUGGUUUUAAUUUUCUUGGUUAUUGAGG